CUUCUAUCUCAUACCAAACGAAUCUCGGACCCUUUUAAUUUGCUCUUUUUCCUACUUCCAAUCAGAAAAUAUGAAACUGCUUAAAUUCAAUCACUCCAAAAUAAUACAAAUACAAUAAUACAUUGAUGACAAAACACCUUGUUUCUUGAGCUCGGAGCGUCAGUUGGCACUUCGCAGCAUACUUGCCACUACAGCACUGCCCUUUGUCCUAGAAAGAGAGAGAUCCCUUACCUUUACUUUAUCUUGUGGAUUUGGGUCGAAGAUAGAUGAUAAUUCCAUAAUCUGUCAUUUCCUAAUCAUAUAUUAUAAAUAAAAAAGAAAAAACAAUACUCAAGACUCAAAGAGAGAGAGCAAAGCCCAAAACGGACACUUUUUCCAACUCAUCUUCCACAAAUCUCUCCUUUCCUUUUUCCUUUGUAUUCACUGUUGCUAUUGCUAUUGUUUCUACAUUUACUUUCUUCAAGGUUUCCUUCUUUCUUUCUUUCUCACUUCCAACUCACCAUACCAAAUCUCCAAGGAAGAGAAAAAGAAACAAGAAGUCACCAAACCCACUCAUUUCCUUUGAAUAUCUCCUGAAUCUCCAACCCUUUCCUUUUCCUUUUUCUUCUUCCAUGAUUUCCAAGUUAUAAAGCUAACUCUUUUAGCCAUAGAUAAAGAAUUUAAAAAGCAAACCAUCUCCCCAAUCAAAAUCUCUCUACUUUUCGUCUCUUUCUUUCACCCGUCAGUCAUUGAGGAAAACCAAAACCCAAACCCAAAUCUUGACUUGCUUCUUUCACUAAAAUACCUGCAAAGAUGCAAUCUUUUGUUUCAGUCAUCAUCUUCUUUUACUUAUUUACACCUUCUCUCGCGGGUUUACUAGCGGAACCGGUAUCUGGGUCAAACCAGCCACUGAAACCAGGAGACUACUCCUCUCCUAAUACAGUGCCGGCCUUUCCUGUUCAAACAGAGUCGCAGGUUUGCCGGUUAGAUCUCUCGGCUGAGCUAUUCGGGGGCGUCAACGAUGCAUGCGGCAGAGAGCUUGACAGGAGCCGUUGCUGCCCAGUGCUAGCCGCAUGGCUGUUUGCUGCUCACGCUCGCUACGCUCUCCAGGUUUCAGCCUCUGCUCCUGCAUCUGCUGAAGAAGACCUUCCAAUGAUGCCUGAUGACUCCCAAAAAUGUGUGAAUUCUCUGCAAAGUGCGUUGUUGAGCAGGAAUGUGAAGAUUCCACAGCCAAAUGCGAGCUGUGAUGCUAUAUUGUGUUUUUGUGGGAUAAGGCUUCACCAGAUUACUUCUUUGAGUUGUCCUGCCGCUUUCAAUGUCAGCUCUGGUUUCCAUAAUGCUACCCCUACUGCUGCUGUGAAGAAUUUAGAGAAGAAUUGUAAGAAUUCCUCGUAUUCUGGUUGUACUAAGUGUCUUGGCGCCCUCCAAAAGCUAAAGGGCAGCAACAAGACCGUAACAGGGGGAGGAAGAGAUGACAGAGCAAACAAGAUGUUCAAUAGGGACUGCCAACUGAUGGGUCUCACAUGGCUGCUCGCUCGCAACAAGACAGCUUAUAUACCAACAGUUUCUGCUGUUUUGAGAGCUAUCAUGUACAGUGCCCACCCGCCCCACGAAUCGAAGUGCAGCCCUGACCAAGAAAACAUGCCUUUGGCUGUUGAUUCUUUACACUUUGGGAACGCUCAGUCAUAUUCUACUUCGCUUUCUCGGUCCCUUUUCGGGUUUCCGGUUUUACCCAUAAUCAUUCUGGUUUUGUUAUAUGGAUACUAUUAAGACCAAACAUCUCUCUUUUACAUUGGGCAGUGAUGAUGGCCUAUACCUUUUGCCAUUGUAAUUUUUUUGGUACUGCCACUAGGACAGGGGUGUGAUAUGGGUCACGUGAAGCUAGUAGACAAAAAGGGGAGGGUUGUUUUUGUCUUUUUGCCCACUGUAAAUUUUCAGCUCAUCAUCAGAAUAUUUAUUUUUUGACUUGGUUCGAUGAUGCAAA